CUCUUGGAUACUUGGCCAAUGUCACCACGAAGCAAGAGUGACAGGCAGACUGCCGAGGGGAAGUGAUAGAUUAGAAUUUGUCAACAGACGAAGACGCUAUGGCGAAACACAGAGUUCACUUUGGGGAAAUGCCGUCCCCAACAAAGUCUGACCCGCGUAGCUAUGUGCGGAUGCGACCGCCCCCCUCACCGUCCCACCGUGCCAUCAAAAUCGACGCAAGGAGCGCGACAAUCUACACAGCUUCAACACCCAGUCGUGAUGAGGUGCGGAAAGAUAACUAUGAUCGACGAUACGAUCAGAUGACGCAGCGCGGCUUCUGGGCGGUGUCGUAUAAACCGUACAAAGGCAUCGGUGACCCGUUCUACCUCGACGAGAGGAAGCUAAUAAUGCACGCCCUCGGACAGUGGGAUGAGAGCGAAGAGGACGAUUCCUAUUCAAGUCCUGAAGAGGAGAGUGACUCUGAUACAGAGGUCAAAGUUCAAACCCCAAAACCAAACACUCCCGCUAAAUUUGUUCUGAAGAGAUCGCGGAAAGGUUUGAAUACUCUCGGCAAAGAGGUCACACAUGGAAGAAACAUGGUGCGUAACGUGCGUCUCGGUCAUGGCCUCUUCCACCUCAUCAACCAGGAGAGACAAGCCAAGCAGCAAGCUGUAGAGAACGCCUUACGAGAACGCAGUGAACGGUUGAAACGUGAAUGGCAGCCUCCGAAGAUUGAGACGGGUAGUGACCAGGAGUCGAGUGAAGAUGAUUUAGCGGAGGAUGUCGAUCUUAGGAAUUACAUGUCACCAGGGAGGGAAGAUUUCUUCCUCACAGACACACCGAUGCCAACUCUAGACUCAGGGACGGGAAAGGUGGCAUUUUCUGGGCUCUCCGGGAGUGAUUUCAAAUCACGUCCCAGCACAGUCCAUAGCGGGACGUCAACUGGCACACCUCGACCAGGCUCGAAGAAGAAAAGGGCCGUACAGAGACCUUACACUGCUCAACAUACAAAUAUAGGGCGGGACGAACCAGGGAGACAUAAAGAGUCGAUAUUCCACCAGUUAUGUGCUCUAUACUGGCUGCUCGAGGCCAUGAACACAGACUCGUUGUCUAGCAUGGGGCCGAUAUGUACAAGCUGGCAUUUCAAAGAGAUCGGUGGCCAGAAGGUAUCAACACGGAAGUUACAGAAGGAAAAGACAACGGAGACAUCGUGGAACCAGUUCGUCUCGCAGCCAUCCUGCACAAAGGGUUUUUGGCAUGUGUUGAUAGCGACGAAACGAUUCACUGCCAAUCGCAGCAAGCGUAGUUUAGGAUUAGGAAGGGGGUUAGUACCUCCAAGUUCAGCCCGUAACUCGCUGACGGGCAGCUCCAGCCCGAACAGCAGUAUCUCGCAGCUCAAUAUCGGGCAGGCUGAUGGGCAGAAGUCGCCCAAUUUCGACACGAUACGGGAAGAUGAGGAAGCGAUUCGGAAAGCGACGCCGAUUUCUGAAAAAGGUCACGAGGAAAAGGAGGAGGAGGACACCAAUCAGAAUAAAAAUUUGUUUCGAUUUCUCGAUGAGUAUUAUGCGUCGUUGAGACGGGUGGACGGUGGUGGAGCAGAGUCCCAGCCGGCCAAUCCUGAGAUGACUGUAUCGGUACAUAACGAUGUGACGCCACAAUCAAGCGCAAAACAGCGCGGAAAAACACCACGGAAACCGAAGAAGUCGUCGGAAACACCAACAUUUACUAAAACGGACCUCUCAGGACAAUCAGACAGCCGGCUUGGCUCGACCACGACCCGGGCCGUCUCAGCUGGUAUGAUCCGGCCCAGGAGCUCACCAGCUCUCGUCGAGUACCAAGCCUCACUCCCAAGUAACAAGUUCCAGCAUCUCUCCCACAGCCUGCGGCAGAGGUUUAGUGAGGUUGGAGAGGAGAAGGCCUUAGAUCUACACGACACAUUACAUCAGAUUGAAAGACAACGUCUCAAGGUCUGUCAGAAUAAGUUUACGGCACUGAACAACAUCAGCAGUCACUUCCACCGAGCGAUCGAUGAUAUACGGACGAAAAGCGUCCACGAGGAGAAGGCAAAUGAAAAACUGAGACGGACAUCGUCAUUCUCCGUGGUAAGUCACGACAAAUGGUUCCACCGAGCGAUCGAUGAUAUACGGACGAAAAGCGUCCACGAGGAGAAGGCAAAUGAAAAACUGAGACGGACAUCGGCUCAUUCUCCGUGGUUCUCCGACCUUGUACGCAAUAUUCCCCAAGAGUAUCGAACGGAGUGGCAGUUUAGAGAAAUCAUCGAGAAACUUGCAAAAUAUGGAAUGCGUGAUCAACCUGUGAUUGUUACUCCCAUCACGGUUGAGGGAAGUAAACACAGUGCCUACAAACUCCUCAAGGUCCUCACCACGCUCAGACAGUGGGAGAUCUGCUCACCAGAUGUCAGCGCCGCCAUCGAAUUCUGCCGGGAGAAAAUCGUCGAUAUGUCGAUCGAGGAGUAUGAGGAGUGGUUUCAGCAGCAGUUUCCGACGGUUUUACGGCCGCAGACAGCGCCCUCUACAAUGAGGAGUAGCCGAAAAUGAUGUUGAUGUUCAAAUGUGACCCGUCACAGCAAAACUAGGCCCAUGUUGCACAGGAGAUGAGCCUAAUUGACUCCAGGAGAUAAUGGAAUUGUAUGUAUGCUCUUUCGUUUUGACAGAAAUGAUGCGAUUAUGAUGUAACGAGAACAUAUUUAAAUCCUGGAAAUUCCAUCCAUGUAACCUUUCCAUCCAUGAUAUUCAUCCGUCCAAUAGUUAAUCUGUUAUAGACUUUGGCAUAGGCUGCUUGGUAUAGUCUUUUGAAAUCUGUGAUAUUUGUAGAGAUGUAAAUCAGUAAAGAUGAAGACUUCAAAUGCAAAAGCCACUGACUCCACCUGGGGUCUUUUCAAGUAAACACAACAAUGGAAGCUUGAAAGUUUGGUUAUUCAGACCUAGGGUGCUGCCACCUUCAGUUUACUAUGUUCAUCAAAUUGAUUGUUUCAGAAUGGCUUUAAGCGACUUUCGUAUUUGAACUCUGCAUAUGUACAAAUGUAUAUUUAACAAGAAAGAACUAUCCAUUUCAGUUAUCAUGAAAUUGACAAUCACCUUAAUUAGUACCGGUAGAUAGAUUAGACAGAGCAUAAAAUACUGGCAGUUUUCAUAAAGCUAUUUUCACUGAAUGGGUCUGUACCAAAGCGCUUCAAAAAUAAAAAAUUUGAAAAUAAUGAACUUGGUGAAAUGUCACUGGGGAGUUGCUAAGUAGCUGCCUUGUACUUCUGUUUGAGAUUAUGAUGUUAUUAGUUGUCAGCCAUUUUGAAAUUAUGUGAAGUACCUGCUGCUUAUUGUGAUAAGUUUAUUAUUGGUAAAAAAUCAUAUCAUAUUAUCCCUUAAAUAUCGUCUCUUGUUAUCAUGUUUUUGGACUAAGUGUCCACGCUGAUCUUUAGCCCCCAUUCAGUGGAGCUUGGCCUGCAGAAGCCCACGGAUUGUUGAACUAACCCUCUGCCGCAUUAGGCCUCUUUUAGCC